GCCCUGUCUGUCUGUCUCACCGGUGCCGGCCUGCGCAUCCAUCGGCCCAACGCGUCCGACGCCAUCCGCUCCUCCUCUCCGGUCGACGGCAACACCAGGUUCAUCCCCGACGCGUCCAUCCAUCCUACACCUCUCUCUCAAGUUGGGAUCCUCCGCGAUCUCCCACCAGCCCCUUCUUGCAGAUCUGCGCUACCGCCGCCGUGGUCUCACCUGCUGAGUAGCGCGACCCUGGCAAGAGGGUGUUCUCGCUUCACAAGUCACAAGCCAGCGCCCAGCACGCAGGUUAGAUGUGGAUUACGAGCUCCCUCUCCAAAAAUGGAAUUGGGCGAUAAGGCAGUUGGUUUUCUGUUGACUUUGACAAGCUUAUCCAUCUUUAGCUACUACACUUUCUGGGUCAUUAUCCUGCCAUUUGUUGACAGUAACCACUUUGUCCACAAGUACUUCCUGCCUCAAGAGUAUGCGAUUUUGAUACCAGUGUUUGCCGGCGUGCUUCUCCUUUCGUUCUUGAGCGUCUUUGUGGGCCUUGUGAUGCUCAAGUCAAAGAAAAAGAAGAAGACCACUUGAUUGGGUUUGUAAUAUUGUCAUUGCCACUGUUAUAUUCUUCGUCUACUAUGAUGAGAUCGUGAGUUUGGGGUCAGCAUAAUUGUUAGGAGUUUGGUUUUGCAUACAGUUGCAUCUUAUUGGGUGGGGUUCACUUGUAACGGCCUUAGAAUUAUAUGGUCUUGACUCAUGGUUGAUGACAACUCCCAAAUGUGCAUUCUUAACUCCA